CUUCUGAUCUUCAUUUUAGGGUUUCUCGUAUCUUCUGCGGGGUUCUGCCAGAGGGAAGCAGUAAAGAUGAGUAAGCUUCAAAGUGAUGUGUUGAGAGAAGCUAUCUCCCAGAUUAUGAAUGAUGUCAGGGAAAAGAAGCGGAAUUUCACUGAGACGAUUGAGCUCCAGAUUGGGUUGAAGAACUAUGAUCCUCAGAAGGACAAACGUUUCAGUGGUUCUGUUAAACUGCCACAUAUUCCUCGCCCUAAAAUGAAAGUCUGCAUGCUUGGAGAUGCUCAGCAUGUUGAGGAGGCAGAGAAGAUAGGAUUGGACUACAUGGAUGUUGAAGGGCUGAAAAAGCUCAACAAAAACAAGAAAUUGGUAAAAAAGCUUGCUAAGAAAUACCAUGCUUUUCUAGCAUCUGAAGCAGUCAUAAAGCAGAUCCCUCGUCUUCUUGGCCCUGGUCUCAACAAGGCAGGAAAAUUCCCAACGCUGGUAACUCAUCAGGAAAGCUUAGAAUCCAAGGUUAAUGAAACCAAGGCGAUGGUGAAGUUCCAACUGAAGAAGGUUCUUUGCAUGGGAGUUGCUGUAGGUAACUGCGGGAUGGAAGAGAAACAGAUUUUCCAAAAUGUGCAACUCAGUGUCAACUUCCUUGUAUCUCUGUUGAAAAAGAACUGGCAAAAUGUGAGGUGCUUGUACUUGAAGAGUACCAUGGGGAAGCCAAGCCGUGUCUUCUAAGGGGUUCCUUCUACAUUUUUUUCUGAGAGCUGUGUAGUGAGAGGUAGUUUUGAGUUGGGACUUGAAUAUUUCUGGAAACGACGAUAUAGCUUUUUUUUUGGUUACCUAUUCCAUUUUGGUCUUUUUAGAAUACUGCUAGCAAUCUUGAUUGUUUGUUUUAGCCCGUGGAUGGUGAGAGA